AUGGAUGAUAGUAACCCUAAUGAAUUCAAGAACAAGAAAGUGCAUCCACAACUGAAAUCAAGUUUCCUUUGCAACGUAUUUUUUUGUUGGGGAUUGAAAUUAUUGUAUAAAGGAUGGAAUAAGGAACUUGAUGAAGACGACCUAUACCAGCCCUUCGAAGAACACGUUUCCCACAGGUUAGGAGACCGACUCGAGGAAAUAUGGAAACUGGAAAAAUUGAAUCAUUCGAAGCCGUCCCUACUUCGUGCUUUGUGGGUGAUGUUCAGGAAAGAGAUUUUCUGGCAUGCUGGAUGGACAUUUAUAUUAGAAUUUUUCUUAAAAAUGUCUCAGCCAAUUUUACUAGGUCAACUUAUAAGAUUCUACGAACCGAAUCAAACAACUAUAACCUUACAACAGGCAUACAUUUACGCUGCAGGCAUUGUCUUGGUGUCACUCAUGUAUGUUCUAGUAAGCCACUCGUUCUACUUAUCCCUUCAACAUCUCGGAAUGAAACUGCGAAUUGCAUGCUGCUCCCUGAUAUACAGGAAGACUUUGAAAUUAAGCAAAAGAGCUUUAGUUAACACUACCAUUGGUCAGAUGAUCAAUCUGCUCUCUAACGAUGUGAAUCGUUUCGAUAAUGGCUUCAAAUAUUUCCAUUAUCUUUGGGCAGCCCCUCUAGAAACACUAGUGAUAAUGUAUAUUUUAUAUCGAGAGUCUGAUAUCACCGGCCUUGCAGGAUUCUCAAUUUUAGUAAUCUUCAUACCUUUACAAAUGAUUCUGGGCAAGCUGACAACGAUUUUCCGUCAAAAAACAGCUAUAAAAACAGAUGAAAGAGUGAGACUGAUGAGCGAGAUCAUUUGUGGAAUUCAAGUCAUCAAAAUGUAUACUUGGGAGACGUUUUUUGCGAAACUCGUAGAAUACGUUAGAAAAGCAGAAAUAAAUCAAAUACAGUUAACUACCUACGUCAAAGCAUUCCACAUGUCGUUCAACAAAUUCAUAACUCGAGUCUCAGUUUUCCUUUGCAUCAUAGUCUAUACCUUCACAGGGCAUAGAAUAAACGCACAAUACGUUUAUGUCGUAUCUUCUUUCUACAACAUCCUCAAAUCAGCCAUCAGCAAUGACUUUCCUCAAGGAGUCAGUCAAACUGCUGAACUCCUAGUGACCAUAAAGAGAAUACAAAACUUCUUACUGUUCGACGAAGUUCAAACAGAAUCUCGCAAGCUCUCCACCAAAUAUGCCAAGAAGAUCUACACAUCUACUCCACUAGUCAACAGUUCGAUCAAGAAAUCAGUAGGUAUAUACCUUCAAGAUGCAUCUGCUGAUUGGAUAACCUCUCAAGAAGAGCACACUCUGUCAGACAUCAGCUUCAAUGUUGGGCCUAAGCAGUUAGUGGCAAUAGUUGGAGCUGUAGGAUCAGGCAAAACUUCCCUACUCCAUAUUAUAAUGAGGGAACUACCCUUAUUGAAAGGCAAGAAAGAUGUAGUUGGUAAGAUAUCCUACGCGUCGCAAGAACCUUGGCUGUUUGCUGGUACAAUCAGGCAAAAUAUCAUCUUUGGAGAGGACUUCGAAGGUCAGAAGUACGAAAGGGUCAUUAAAGUCUGUGCGUUGGAGAAAGACUUUGCGCUCUUGCCCUAUGGAGAUAAGAGUAUAGUUGGUGACAGAGGAGUGACUCUGAGUGGUGGACAAAGAGCAAGAAUCAACUUGGCACGAGCCAUCUACAAGAAAGCAGAUAUCUACAUCCUUGAUGAUCCGUUAUCGGCAGUUGAUACCCAUGUAGGUAAACAGCUGUUUGAUGAAUGCAUUUGUACUCAUCUCAAGAACAAGUGUACUGUUCUUGUCACCCAUCAAAUUCAAUACUUGCGGAAUGUCUCUAGGAUUUACCUUAUGGAAAGCGGCUCGAUAGCUACUUUUGGAACUUAUGAAGAAAUUCAAAAAGCCCCAGUGGAAUUUGCCAAAUUGUUCAAGCAUCAGGUGGAAGAAGAAGAGAUAGAUGAUACAAUCGAUGAAGAGUUAUCGGAAUCUAAGUAUUUCGAGAGUGUAACUGACGAUGAGCCUACAGAAAUUAAAGAGAGUAGGAAAAUUGGAAGUAUAUCGUCGAAGGUGUAUAAAGAGUAUAUCAAGGCUGGUGGUGGCUGGUGUUACACCAUGUAUAUUUUGGUUUUGUUCGUUCUCACUCAAUUUCUUGCUAGCAGUGCGGAUUAUUUCGUCAAAUUCUGGGUUAAUCACGAGCAAAACCUAUUCAAGAAAGAAACUGAAAACUCAACAUUGUAUCAAUCCUACCUCGACGACGUUACAAUGGAAGAGAAAUUCAACACAAUAAUAAUUUACCCCGUAAAUACCGUGGAAUCAGAUGAAUACGCUUUCCUCACUACGAAUAAUUGCAUUUAUAUCUACACAUCCAUAGUUCUCUUAGUCAUAGUGACCACAAUUGUGAGAUCGAUAUCUUUCUUCAGAAUGUGCAUGAAAGCUUCUGUGAAACUCCACAAUAAAAUGUUUGCCAAAGUUUGUAGAGGAGCCAUGUUCUUCUUCAAUAGCAAUCCAUCUGGAAGGAUUAUGAAUAGGUUCUCAAAGGAUAUGGGAUCCAUUGAUGAAACACUACCUCUGGUUCUCAUAGACACAAUUCAGAUUGCAUUGAACGUGUUUGCAGUUAACAUCGUGAUAGCCACAGUUAAUCCAUGGAUUUUAAUACCCACAUGUUGGAUUGCUUUCAUCUUCUAUUUAUUCAAAAUAGUCUACGUCAAUUCUAGUAGGAAUGUGAAGAGGAUGGAAGCUACUACACGUAGCCCAGUGUUUUCUCAUAUCCAUGCAUCUCUCCAAGGGCUCACCACUAUAAGAGCAUUUGAAGCUCAAGAAAUUUUGAGGAAAGAGUUCGACAGACAUCAAGAUUUACACAGUAGUGCAUUUUAUUUCUUCGUGUGUUGUACUAGAACCUUCGGAUUUUGGUUGGAUCUUCUCUGUGUUGCUUACAUCGCCAUAGUUACGUUGAGUUUCUUUUUCAUGGGAAAUGAAACUUACGGAGGAAACGUAGGCCUAGCGAUAACCCAAGCCUUGAGCCUAACAGGCAUGUUCCAGUGGGGCAUGCGUCAAUGGAGCGAACUAGACAACUCGAUGACCUCUGUAGAACGAAUCGUAGAGUACACAGAAAUCCAGCAAGAAGCCAUCAAGGACGCGAAAGUCCCUCCGAAACCAUGGCCAGAACACGGCAUGCUGGAAUUCCAAUCCGUCUAUCUCAGAUACGCCACCAACGAGCCUUACGUACUCAAUAACCUCACUUUCAAGAUCAAACCUAGAGAAAAAGUGGGCAUAGUAGGUAGAACUGGAGCCGGCAAGUCGUCCCUGAUAUCGGCGCUCUUCAGAUUAGCUGAUACUGAAGGGAAAGUGCUGAUAGACGGGAUCUGCACGAAAGACAUACCUCUCCACUGUUUGAGGUCGAAUGUUGCCAUCAUCCCGCAAGAACCGGUCCUAUUUUCUGGAACGCUCAGGUCCAAUCUGGAUCCGAUGAAUCUAUAUGGUGAUGCUGAACUGUGGAAUGCCUUGGAGAAAGUCGAAUUGAAAUCUCUCGUCUCAGAUAUGAACUUGGGUUUGGAGAGCAGAAUGAGCGAAGGUGGAUCAAAUUUCAGUGUAGGUCAACGCCAGUUGGUGUGCCUGGCCAGAGCGAUUUUGAAGAAUAACAAAAUACUCGUAUUGGAUGAAGCAACUGCCAAUGUGGAUCCCAAAACAGAUAGUCUCAUUCAGUCUACCAUCAGGUGUACCUUUGCUGAUUGUACUGUUUUGACAGUAGCUCAUAGAUUACACACCGUCAUGGAUAGUGAUAAAGUUCUAGUGAUGGAUGCUGGAUCAGCUGUGGAAUUCAAUCACCCUCAUAUACUUCUGGAAAAUACUGAAGGGAUAUUCUAUGGACUUGUCAAAGAAACCGGCAAAGCGAUGGCGGAUCAUUUGACAGAAAUAGCAGAAAAGAGCUUCCUGAAGCAUCACAAAUGUUGA